AUGAAGUUCCCUUCAUUCUGUAAUUUGAAUGUUUGGAGGGUUUAUGGAACUAUGAGAGUUUGGACUUUUUUGUUGCUUAUAAUACUACUACUGAAGAGUGAUGUUGCAUAUUCUAAUUACUUGAUUGGUCUUGGGAGCUAUGAUAUUACUGGUCCUGCAGCUGAUGUUAACAUGAUGGGGUAUGCUAACGCAGAACAGAUUGCAUCCGGGGUUCAUUUCCGGUUAAGGGCUCGCGCUUUUAUUGUCGGUGAGCCUAAGGGUAACAGGGUGGUGUUUGUUAAUCUUGAUGCUUGCAUGGGUUCACAGCUUGUUACUAUCAAAGUACUUGAGAGACUUAAAGCAAGAUAUGGUGGCAUAUAUACAGAAAAUAAUGUAGCUAUUAGUGGAAUUCACACGCAUGCUGGUCCCGGAGGUUAUCUCCAGUAUGUUGUGUAUAUUGUAACAUCUCUUGGAUUUGUUCGCCAGUCGUUUGAUGUUCUUGUUGAUGGCAUUGAGAAAAGCAUUGUUCAGGCCCAUGAAAAUCUCCGCCCUGGAUCGAUUUUUGUCAAUAAAGGUGAGAUUUUAGAUGCUGGUGUUAAUCGCAGUCCUAGUGGUUAUCUCAACAAUCCUGCUGAAGAGAGAAGCAAAUACAAAUAUAAUGUCGAUAAAGAAAUGUCUCUUUUGAAGUUUGUUGAUGACGAAUGGGGUCCUGUGGGAAGCUUCAAUUGGUUUGCUACUCAUGGGACUUCAAUGAGUCGUACAAACUCAUUAGUUAGCGGGGAUAAUAAGGGUGCUGCUGCGCGAUUUAUGGAAGACUGGUUUGAGCGAAAAGGUUCUGUAAGAAAAGAUUCUGUUGAAUUUGAUGAUGACAGCUUACCUCGAAGAAUUUCAAACAUAAUUCCCAGUCUUAAUAAUAAUCACCAUGAAUUACUGGAACUCGCUGCCUCAUUCCAAUCUCCUCCUGGCAGACCAGCAACCAAAACUUCGAGUGUUGCUAGACGUGUGAGAGGUGUUCUUAGGCAGGAUGGCAAACCUAGAUUUGUAUCUGCAUUUUGUCAAUCCAAUUGCGGUGAUGUUAGUCCAAACGUACUUGGAGCCUUUUGUAUAGACACCGGACUACCUUGUGACUUCAAUCACAGCACAUGUGGAGGGAAGAAUGAGCUAUGCUACGGCAAAGGACCCGGUUACCCCGAUGAAUUUGAAAGUACACGUAUUAUAGGAGAGAGACAGUUUAAAAAAGCAGUGGAGUUGUUUAACGUAGCAUCUGAACAGGUUAAAGGAAAGGUGGAUUUUCGACAUGCUUUCUUAGAUUUCUCCAAGCUCGAGGUAAAUGUUUCUAUCGCAGGGGCUUCUAAGGUAGUAAAGACAUGCCCUGCUGCAAUGGGAUUUGGAUUUGCUGCUGGAACAACUGAUGGACCUGGAGCAUUUGAUUUUAAGCAAGGGGAUGAUCAGGGGAAUCCUUUCUGGAGACUGGUCCGCAACUUGUUGAAAACGCCAGACAAGGAACAAAUAGACUGUCAGUAUCCAAAGCCUAUUUUGCUCGAUACUGGUGAAAUGAAGCUUCCAUAUGAUUGGGCUCCUUCAAUACUUCCAAUCCAGAUCCUCCGAAUUGGGCAGUUUGUUAUUCUUAGUGUACCUGGAGAAUUUACAACAAUGGCUGGGAGGCGACUUCGUGAUGCAGUGAAGACAGUGCUAAGUGGUGACAAAAGCUUUGGUAGCAACAUUCAUGUUGUUAUAGCAGGGUUGACCAAUACUUAUUCACAGUAUGUGACCACAUAUGAGGAGUACGAGGUGCAAAGAUACGAGGGUGCUUCCACGCUUUAUGGUCCACACACUUUGAGUGCAUACAUUCAGGAAUUCAAGAAGCUUGCGCACGCUCUCAUCAAUGGUCAGCCUGUAGAAUCAGGCCCUCAACCCCCGGACCUCCUCAACAAGCAAAUAGGUUUACUUACACCAGUAGUGAUGGACGGAACCCCUCUUGGUGUAAACUUCGGGGAUUGCGCCUCUGAUGUACCCAAGAAUUCCACCUUUAAGAGAGGUGAUACGGUAUCAGUUACUUUUUGGUCUGCUUGCCCUCGAAACGACCUUAUGACCGAAGGUACAUUUUCUCUAGUGGAAUAUCUCCAAGGGAAGGAUUCUUGGGUUCCUGCUUACGACGACGAUGAUUUUUGCCUUCGCUUCAAGUGGUCAAGGCCUUUCAAACUCAGUACUCAUAGUAAAGCCACAAUAGAAUGGAGAAUUCCACAGGAUGUUGCUCCUGGUGUAUACAGAAUUAAACAUUUUGGAGCUGCAAAGGGUUUGUUAGGGUCAACUCGCCACUUUACAGGUUCAUCUAGUGCAUUUGUAGUAACACACUAA